AAGAAACACAAAAUGGCUGCCGCACGAGACCAAAAUGGGUAAGAUAUUUUCUAAGCUUUUUCUGCUUUACCAAGCUUAAAGCAUCGUUUUUACUGCAUUUCUACAAACUUUAGAAUGUUUUCUUGUAUUUCAACUAUUUUAUUUAGCUUCCAAUGCAGUCAAACGUUUGAAAAUUACCCAUUAAAAAUUGUUCAUUUUUAUAUCAUUUUUGUUGCAGUCGAAAGCGAGCAAGUAAAUGGGACACUCCAACCCAAAGUACUGGUUCGGCAACGGAGGCAGCACAUGAGGCUGCUCGAAAACUGAAUGCUAUGCUCGCUGCCAAAGGAAAGUUAACCACAAAUUCAACACCACCACUACUGGUAUUAAAUUAUUCAUAAUUUUUGCCAUGAAAAACAUGGUAUAAACUUUGGUUUCUGGAAACAGCACAGAUAUUUAUCAUUGCAAAGUCUUCAAUCCAUAAGCUCGGACCUUUGUUGUUAUUAUAUUAAUACAUUAUUAGUAUUUUGGCCUGACAAGUCGAAAGCUUUGCAGUAUGCAUGAGGUCAAAUUUCUGCACAUGUGAGUCUACAAAAUAACAAAAAUGGCGAGGAAAAUGUCUGCCAAAAUAAAAGGAGUAAAUACGGGAAACGAAAAGCAUUUACUAAGGGACCCCUUCGGAUGUCCUAAUACAUUUACUAUUAUCAGAAACAAUUUUUUCUCCCCCUCCGGACGGCAGAAAUUUCCUCCGUGGGAGGAAUAUGGAUCUUUUCUGGAACAACCCAUUGAUCAACAGGCUCUAAUAUAUAUAGUAUUUCUGUUGACUGUAUUUUUUUAUGUGGCCUAAAAAUGAUACUAUUAUUAUAACAAUACUAAUUAUUUUCAGAAAAGUAUACAGGUAAAUGACUAACGGCAUAAAUAAAUCUGGAAAAGGUCCUUUGUGGAAGAUAAUCUGUCUGACAAACCCACACAGUUUUUCUUGACAGUGAAAAGGAAAUAUCACAAUAAACAAAAGCCAGAAUGAUAUUUAUUGGACCGCUGAUACAUGUUGAUGUGAUCAGCCAAUAACUAAUCUGCCCGAAAGUUGCUGAUUAUCAGCUUCUACUGAUUAAUUUCCAAUUAUCGGCUAGGCUUGGGCGGUUUACCGGUUUUUCUGGUUUUUUCAGUUUUAUUUUCAAACCGGUUUUUUCGGUUUAGCUUUUACAAAAACCGGAAAACCGUCAUUACAUAAUUGUUUACUGUCAUCGCCUGAAACUUGAUCUUAAUUCUCAAAACAUGACACUAAUCAAACUCAAUUACAUGACACCAGAUACAAAUUCUAUUAUUUUCCGUAAAGUCGGUAAGAACUAAAGAGGUAUAAGUUUUCAAAUGCGUUCUUGACCCUUUUAUUUUAAAACUGAAGUCGUUUUAGGUUACCUUUGCACAAUUUUGCGUUUUGUCAUGUACUGUUUGUUUGCUUAUGUCAAAGAAAUACCAAGUAAAAAUUAAAUGAAAAAAACCGGUUUUCCGGUUUUACCGGUUUAGAAUCAGACGGUUUUUCGGUUUUGAUUUUAAGCAAAACCGCCCAAGCCUAUUAUCGGCUCAUUCCUAAUAUAAAGAUGAAAUGUUUUGUCUAGCCACCCAAACCAAAGUCCACCACAGGAACAAGCAGUGGUUCUGCUUCUACGUCCUCACUCUUAAAUGAAGAAGUGGAAAUCAAUGACUCACCUAGAAGGUAAAUUAGAUCUAGUGGUUAAUUUUUUGUCGGGAGCGACAGCGUGAACAAAUCUUGCACAGACUUUCAAUACCACCAACCAAAACCCCAGGACUUAAAACUAUAUUUUUUCAAAAUUUCAGGCUUCUUUUGUGUCAGAGUAAUGUCCAAUACGAGGUAGAAUUUGAACUUUGUAAAUGCUUAUUAUAAACUACCAAUUACGUACUAUGUACUAAAUUAUAAUAAUUACAAAUCUCCAUUAUAUUUACAUUUCAUAUUUUUUAGAUAAACAAGUACUCGGGAGCUGCUGUAUCAACAAAAGGACAGUACAUUGCUCCAUCCGAGAAAGGAAAUUAUAUGACUGGGUAUGUCACAUCUGUUUCUUGCCCUUGGCAGGGUUCCAAAUGGCAUGUUGCUUGUGCCUGUGGUUCAGUAUUAACAAAAAUUAAUAGCCCAGUUUUCAAGUACCCCCCCCAAAAAAAAAAUUAUAAGGUUAGCGCAAGUGAAUUAAUGAUACAUGUUUUGAUAUGUAUUUAGUAACAUAUGGCUGUAAAGUAUAGUCCAUUUUACAGGUUUUGAUACCAGUACUGAUGGAAAUUGGCAUGACUGCACUAUAAAAACAUUAUAAUUAGUGACAAUUGCAAUGCCAUUACAAUACACACAAUUUUAGCAUUUCUGGUAUUGGUAAUGUUUUUAUAAAAUUGCCGUUCUAAGUUCUUUUGAAAAUCAAUACUAGACAAUUUGCAUGUUAGCAAAGCAUCCGGAAAAGUGGUGACCAUAAAUACUGUGACGUUAUAAAGUUACCGUUUUAAAGGUCAAGUGCAGCUUAGAGAUGUGAUAUACUUUUACAAUUCAUGUAUAGAAUCUAUAUAUAGACGUUGGUUUAUAUAAUAAAAACUCUAGUUUUAGUACUCAAACUAAAAAAAUAAGACCAUGCCUAUUGCCUAUGCCCAUAUUAUUAGAAACAACAGCUUUAAAAACAACACCGAAGAAUACAAUUUAGUAAUGUAUGCCAAACAUGAAUCACAAUUCGUCAUUGCGUUAUUUGCGUAAAUAAUCAUUGCCUCAAUAAAUGAGUGAUAAGCAUAAUAACCAAUAUUCAGUACAUUGUACUAUUGGUAGCUGUACUGAAUACAAGGAAUAUAAUGUCUUUCUUGCUUUUUUUCUGUUUACACGGCCGAUGUUAUUGCGAUAGAUUUGUGCAAGUGUAAUUUAAUAUCACGCAUUGUAAUUAUAUAAAUGCAAACUGCCUAGUUUUCUGGGCGUGAGAAGGUGAGGCGUAAAAAAAAAAUACCUGUGGUUCCGGUUCCCGACCGACCCUAUUUUUUUCUGCCGACCCUAUUAUUUUUUCGACGCGAUUGACCGUGCGACCCUAUUUUCUCCAGGUGGUUGCGGGCUGCUCAUACAGCGUGCCAAAAUGGCGUCUGUUGUCACACUAAUUAUUGAACCAAAUUGCCUAAAUUCGUCCAUAGGAAAUACGCAUCUCUUGUUAAUAUUGAUGUCGGAGCUCUACUGCAAAUCGCCCAGCAAAAUACCGCCAAAACCAUGAAAAAAAUAUUCAAAAAAAAAAUUUAUUUCCGACCGACCGACCCUAAUUUUUUCACGAUAUGAAACCGGAACCACAAGUAUUUUUUUUUACGCCUGAAGAAGACUGGGAACGUCCUAGUUUUUUGUUCGCAGGGGUCUGAGAACGUCCUAGAAUUACCUUAUUUGGAAAUAAACUAGGCUGUUGUCGUCAAAAACUAGGACGUUCCCAGACUCCAAAAUACCAAUCGCGUGCAAUGACGUUGUUUUAAUUAAUCUAAAUCUAGACAUGUUGACAGAAUAAAAACAUUCCUAAAACAGAGAUUAUUAAUAUAAUACGGAAACAGCUUUACAUACGGUAUUAAAAUAGCAGAGUAUUUUGAAAUUAAGCACGAUAAUGUAGAAUACAUGUACACAACACAAACUGACAACCGAUUUUGUGACCUAUAUCAGGCCAUCAGGGCAUCCUAGUUUACGUUUUCUGGUUGCCUAGUUUUUCAAUUUUUACCAUUAUUUUGCCUAAAAUUGGAAAAUUUAUGAGAUUGGGUUCCCAGGCACAACUGGCCUCAUUUGGAACCUUGCCCUUGGGCUGUAUAAUAAUGUUGUCCAGCUGAAGUGAGCUUUUUAAAAACAUUUUCACCACCGAUAAAAAAAGAAUCACCCAUAUAAACAUGAAACUGGCAGACUUCCCAAAUCUUUGUUAUGGAUUUUUUGCUUCCUAUAACAGAUACAGUUAUUAUGUUUGGUCUUCUUAAGUAAAAAAAAAGAGAAGUUUCACACUUGACGUUCAUUUUCAUCCCAAGUUAAUCCAUAACGCUGUGAAAAGUAGAAUUGCUGCCUGGUUCGAUCAUCAUAACGCAGGCAAUUUUUGGCUUCCGGAAAUUUUGCCUAAUUCCGAUGUCUGAAUUUCUAAUUAGGGCUUCACUCUUCAUAUAAAACCUACUUAAUUAACACAUUAUUCUGACCUCAGAUGAGGUGGACUCAUUGGACUUAUUCUUUAUUUGUUAACAUUUUUAGCCAAAAGCCAUUGUACUUGUUUAUCCAAGCUCCUUCACGAGACAAAGUAUACU